GGAUGCUUCGUGAUGAAGAAUAACAGAUAGCAGGAACAUUCUCGGGUUUUACACGACAAAAUGCUGGAGUCACACAUUUCUGUGUUGCAGAGUGGCAGCGAGCAGGAAGCAUGCAACAUUCUAAAUGAUUUUACAACACGGAAUGCCCAGGUCUUCAGUUUCCCCAGUUUGACACCAGAUUCCAAAACGAAAGUUGUAGAUGCUUUAGUUCAUAGGCUGAAUUCCCCAGACUCCUCUAGAUGCCAUGUAUUAUGUCUCAAAACUCUACGGAUGUUCAGUCGAGAGAAGGACAAACUUGUCAAUAUGGUGUCUGAAAUUACCAUUGCCACCAUAAUGAAAAUGACGGGACUGAAUCAUUAUGCUGUUGAGGAGGGAGAUCUCAUUGAAAUUCAGAAUGGGGACCCAGAGGUGAUGCUUGAAGCCUUGAAAUGCCUCUGCAACCUGGUAUUUAACAGUCAGUUGGCUCAAAGAAUUUGCAGUAAAAAUGGUUGUGUAGAGGGCAUUAUCCAAAGACUAAAAACCUAUAAAGACCCAACUCUACCACAUGAAAUAAAGUUCUUUGACAUGAGACUCCUCUCCUUGUUGACAGCAUUAUGUGAAGAAACCAGACCUAAGGUUCGUUACGAGCUGCAUGGUUUUACCUAUCUGAUGGAGGUGGUGGAUUUAUCAGUUAAUGAAGCGGAUGAGCAUGGACUAAAGGAUCAGGAUGUGGACUUGUGCUGUGAAAUUCUGAAGAUCCUGUUCAAUCUGUCUCUAGUCAGAAGUAAUAUGGAUGAAGAGGAAGAGGCACAUUUCAUGAGGUUGGUCUGUGUUCUGAAAGAAUUGCUGUUAUGUAAAACAAAAUCAAAGGACAGAAUGGAGGAACUACAAAGCAUGACAGUUAACUUGCUGACUAAUGUACCAUUGGAUUGCUAUGAGGAAUUAUUAACUCCCUUGAAUGAGGAUGAUGAAGAUAUUGGAUUAGAAAAUAAAGAGGCAGAGUAUGAUGGGAAAAAUAUGGAAGCUAUAUUAGUACUUCUGGAGUUUUUAAAUCGCAGACUUGAUAAGCCUUCAAAAGCCAUGAAGGACAGUUUGGCCCCAAUUCUUUGCAGUCUCUGUCAAAUGUGCAAAGCAAAUCGGAUGAUAAGAAAGUUUUGUCGUUUAAAGGUAUUACCCCCUAUGAAGGAAGAUGUGAGAAGAUUGCCUGAAGAAGGGAAAACAUUAAGAAAUAAAUUGUGUAAACUUCUUACAUCUUCCUCAGACGUAAAGGACAUGGUUGCAGAAUUUUUAUUUAUAUUAUGUAAAGAGAGCGUGGCUAGAAUGGUUAAAUACACAGGAUAUGGCAAUGCUGCUGGUUUGCUGGCAAACCGGGGGAUGUUGAUGGGGGGACGGCAUUGUGAGGGGGACUACAGCAGCGGGUCAGAGGAGUCGGACACUGAGGAGUACGCCAAACUAAGGGAUCAAAUAAAUCCAAUCACUGGGAGGUGGGAGGAAGCCAAAAUGAAUCCUACAGAUGAGAUGUCAGACGAUCAAAAAGAAUAUGAGGCCAUGCGUCUGGUGAAUGAUUUGGACAAAUUACAAAGACAAGGGGUCAUUCAGCCAUGUCGUGUGGGGGAGGACGGAAAACCUCAACCUGUGGAACACAUCUUACAACUGACAGAAAACAUCAAACUGAAAGAUGAGGAUAAAGACUGAUCCAUUAGGCGCAGAUCCAGAAUUUCUCAAACACAGAACUGUUUAUCAUCCACUGGUGGAUCAGAUCAUGUUGUAACAAGUUCUAAGAAGUUUUGUCCAUAUAAGGAUUACACUCUAACUCAAUCUAUUUAUUCAUAUUUAUUUUGAUAUAUCUGUGUUAUCAACUUAUACAAAAACAUGUACCUACAUGUAUGUGUAUACGAACUAGUGCUGUAUUGUACAUAGACACAGUUAUGUAUUCCAAAGUCAGGUUUUAACAGCUUGUAGUUAUAAAUGUGUUUGUUGAAUUUAUGUUGUUUCAUUCUUGAUAUUUAAAUCUCAAGAUUAUAACUUAAAAUUUUUUAUUAUUUUUUCUCAAAAGAACACCUAUAAAAAAAAUUAUGGUUCUUCUUUUUUAAGUGAAGUUUUUAUAUAUAUGUAUACAUGUAAUCUUGUUUAAACUAUGUGCAUGCAUCUUUAGAAUUGGGACUAAAUUUGCUGUAUAUUUUUGUAUUCCAAAUGCUUGAAAAUUUCUUUUAAGCUUUGUGCUCAUAUGAGUGUAAAUCAUCAACAUAAAUUCUAAAUUGUUGCACAAUUGAUAAAGUGAUUGAGACAAACCUUUGGAGGUUUACAAAAGUAUUUCAAGUAUAUGUAUAUGCUUGAUGACUUUGGGGGAGAAGGAAAGUACAUGUAGUUACUGCUCUACUACUUCUUGUAUUUGAAAAAAAAUUGUGAUCUGGAAAUAAAUAGUUCUUGUAAAUACUGAUAGUUGGUGUUUCCUAUGGUAUUAUCAUUAUUUUAAUAUCUUUCAAUUUUUGAAGAUUAAAAAAAAAAAAAUCAAAUGAAUCUCAUUUUUGACAAAUAGCAGGUAUAUGUGCUAGUAUAUACAACAGGUAAAAAAACAACAAAAAACACCCAAAUCAACUUUAAUAAAAUUUCAGCUACUUAAUACACUGUUUUAAAAUUCUUAGUUAUAUUAUUCAGAUUGACUCAGUUUGGUUUAGUUAUAUGUGUGAUAUAACCAGAGGAUUAUGAAAUAUUGAUCGGACUAUGAGUCUACAUGAUCUUUAAUGAAAUGUACAUGAACAUUGCAUAUAUAAACUUUUAAAUGUAUUUUGUUAUACAUUAUGUAGAGGAAUGUUUUAAUUGGGGUUUUAUUUAAGCUCUUUCUAGAUCAUUCAUGUUAAACUGUUUUUAAAAAAAUUAUUUUUAGAUUGUGCUGACAAAAAGACAAUUCAAUCAUAAAUUACAUACCGGUACUGCCUUUAAUUUCUGCUGCAAUUGCUUAAUUAACAAUUUUUGUAUCAAUCCAGAAUUUGAGAUAUAAAAAUAUGUACAUGUACAUGGGUUUGCAUUAAUUUAUUUAAAAAUUUGGCACAUCUUUAAAUAUUUAUUAAAAGGUAUAUAUACCAGCAAAGCUCUACUUGAUUAAGAAGACAAGAUUGUACAUGUAUUUACUGGUAUGCUAUGGUACAUUAUUAAAUACAUGUACCCUGAUAGUGCAUUUUCAUUGUUUAUGUUGAUCAAACAUAUCCAUCUUGUGUAAUUCAGCUACAAUAGUCUGUAUUUGUUGUUUCUGUGCUACUGAUCAAUAUUAGACUUAGUUCCCUCAUUAAAAGUGCAAUACAUGUAUUUUGUUCAUAAGUUUCCAAAGAAAUGUACUAGUUAAAGAGUUACAUGUGUGUGUAUGAUGGAUAUCAUUUUUUUAAAUAAAUGGAGAGAAACACUAUGAAA